UGUAGCUUCUUAAUGUAUUAUUUGUUAUUAGUUAUCAACACUUACUAGCACUUACUAGUCGAUUGCACGGGGCUGGUCUGUUCAACCGACAGAUUUCAAGAAGGUUUUAUAGUGAGGCAACAUUUUUUCUAUUGCUCUUUUCGUUGACUGUAUCUUUGUUCGUUCGAUAGUGCAGGAAUUCUAAUAAGCUAGCAACAGGCCGUGAAAAAGUAACAGCUCAUUGUAUUGAAACCAAGCAACAGUCGGAGGAGUGAAAAAAUAUUGCGCUUUCUGCGACCGACAACGUGAACAUUCGAUGGUAAUGGCCCUCAGUCGUAUCUACUCGUCGAAAUUGGCUAGCGCUAACCAAAAUAUCCUACCAGCGACCACCAUCUAUGUGCGCAAGUAUGUCCAACCACCUAAGUGCGCAGGUACAGACCAGAAGUCAAUCGACAGCACAGACCUGAAGGCUAUCCUAACCGAGAAGAUUCCUAAGGAGCAGGAACGCAUAAAAAACUUCCGCAAGGAGCAUGGCGCAACGAAAGUGGGCGAUGUGACCGUUGAAAUGAUGUACGGUGGUAUGCGUGGCUUGAAGGGUCUGGUAUGUGAAACAUCUGUGCUAGAUCCCGAUGAGGGCAUCCGCUUCCGCGGAUUGUCAAUACCCGAGUGUCAGAAGGUGCUGCCGAAAGCCGCAGGUGGUGCGGAACCGCUGCCGGAGGGCAUCUUCUGGCUGUUGAUCACCGGUGACGUCCCCAAUAAGGAUCAGGUCGACGCUCUGUCCCGCGAGUGGGCCUGCCGUGCAGCACUGCCAUCGCAUGUCGUGACAAUGCUGAACAAUAUGCCGACAACACUGCAUCCAAUGUCUCAGCUGAGCUGUGCCAUGACGGCUCUUAACAACGAGAGCAAGUUCGUCAAAGCGUAUUCGGAAGGUGUCCACAAAAGCAAAUACUGGGAAUACGUGUACGAGGACAGUAUGGAUCUCAUUGCCAAAUUGCCGGUUGUUGCUGCUACCAUUUAUCGUAAUAUUUAUCGCGACGGCAAAGGAAUUGGGCCCAUCGACCAGAAGAAGGAUUGGUCCGCAAACCUCACCAAAAUGAUGGGCUACGAGGACGAGAAGUUCACCGAACUGAUGCGUAUGUACUUAACUAUCCACAGUGACCACGAGGGUGGCAACGUGUCGGCUCACACCGCCCAUCUGGUGGGCUCGGCGCUGAGUGAUCCGUACCUGGCGUACGCCGCCGGCAUGAAUGGAUUGGCUGGCCCACUCCACGGUCUUGCGAAUCAGGAAGUUUUAGUGUGGCUGGAGAAGCUGCGCAAAGAGCUGGGUGACAACGCCGGUGAGGAUAAGGUGAAGGAUUUUAUUUGGGAAACCCUCAAAUCGGGACAGGUCGUUCCCGGUUAUGGUCACGCUGUCCUGCGGAAAACUGACCCCCGUUACACCUGCCAGCGCGAGUUUGCCUUGAAGCAUCUACCGAAUGAUCCCAUGUUCCAGCUGGUAUCGAAAAUCUACAAUGUUGUGCCUCCAAUCCUGACCGAGCUGGGUAAGGUGAAGAACCCGUGGCCGAAUGUGGAUGCCCACUCCGGUGUUUUGUUGCAGUACUACGGUCUGAAGGAGAUGAAUUAUUACACCGUGCUGUUUGGUGUUUCCCGAGCUCUUGGUGUGUUAGCUUCGCUCGUUUGGGACCGAGCCCUUGGAUUGCCCAUCGAACGUCCGAAGUCUAUGUCCACCGACGGACUCAUCGCAGCAACUGGUGCUGGUGCCAAGAAAAUGGGACCUCUUAAAUGUUAAUGAGGCAGCCAAAAUUACAAUAUAAUCAUGCAUAGCAGAGAAUGUACUCAUAAUCAAUCUUAAUUUGUACUCCAAAAUAGGAGUUUGUUCUACUGUGAAAAGCCGCAUUUGUCGAAUUGAAUGAUUUAAUUAAGUGUUGGGAUCAUAAAGAACCUAUUCAAGUA